AAAAGCUCCGAGCGAUUUCAAAACAAUCGAUUUUUAUUUACCAAACAUUUUCGGGAAACUUGUUGGUUAUUCCUAAAAAAUAUCAACAAAAUUGUUGAUGUGAUACUUUUGUGUGAAUUAUCUGAUUUAUGUAUAACAGCGCUGGUUCGUUCGAUUAGUAAGUACAGACAAGCAGUCAACACUGAACGUCCUCCAAGGAAAAAGAACUGUUUACAGUCCCGUUACCCGCGUACACAACACAAUCUGUAUCGGGCAAAAGGUCCGUGUUUUUUCUAUUAACAAACCGCGUCGAAAGAAAAAGCCGCCACCGUGGAGUCCGACGAGGCAAUUUUUAUGGAACUGGUGGAACUCCAGAAUGGUCAAACUGCAGCCGUACUGGAUUUGGACUUUUGCCGGCUCUGCUUGGGCCGUGAUGGAACCGAGUUGAUCUCGGUGUUUAGUGAUAGCGUCAACGAAGCCGGCAAGGAGCCGCUGAACGUGCGAAUCCAUCGGUUUUUCGAGGUGCAGAUUACAGAAACGGACAUUCUUCCGACCCACAUUUGUCAGUUGUGUUUGCUGCAGACCGAGAGUUGCUCUGACUUCAGGGAUAAUUGUGUCCGAAACGAGCGGCGAUUGCAGGAGUUGAUUGCCAUCCAGGAGCCUGUGGAGCAGGAGGAGCAGCAAUGCGAGCCGGAGAAUAUUCCCUCUCCAAAAGAAGAGGAACCAGAAAGCGUGGCGGAAAACGAAAUCGGCGAUGCCGAUGAUGAUGAGGAGGAACCUUCAGAAACGAUCGUUGUGGAUCCAACGAAAGAUUAUGAAAGCUCGAACCAGAGCUUGCAAGAGCUGUUCUCUGACGAUGAUGAAAACACGGAUGGUUUAGGUUUGGACGAUGCUAUCGAAGACAGCUUGAAGAUUGCGUCUAUUCAUGAUUCCUCCGAAGAGAUGAUGGAGGAAGACAGUAAGCUGAAAAAGAUGGUUUAUAUGUGCAAGUAUUGCGAUGUGGCGUUUGCCAUGUCUAAUGCAUGUUAUGUUCAUGAAACUCAGGAUCAUGACCUGCUGGCACCGUACGCUUGUCAGUUCUGUGAGUUCAAAACGAUAAAUCGAAGCAUUUUGAUCACACAUAUCCGUGAUAUUCACGGGAUCGACCGACCUUAUAUAUGCAUCCAGUGCAACAAGGGUUUCCAUCGGAGGUCAGACUUGAAGAAGCACACCUUUGUUCACAGUGGAGUUCGUCCGUUUGCUUGUCAUGAGUGUGGUAAAAGUUUUUCCAGGAACACUAAUUUAACGAAACAUUUGAGGAUCCAUUCAGGUUUUAGACCACAUAUUUGUAAUACUUGUCCCAGGUCAUUUGCAAACAAAGCUGAUUUGGUCCGCCACCAGAACAUUCACAUGUCGCUAGGAAAACAAUUUUCGUGCAGCAAAUGUAACAAUACAUACGCGCGCAAGGAUAAGCUUCUGAGCCACGAAAGAAUUUGCUACACAAAACAGCAGCAGCAACAGGGAACUCAAAUAACGACCGCCCUUAGUGGAUCAACUCCGACAACGCUGACAAAAGCAGAACUCGAUGCAGAAAACAUGGUUAUUGCUUUGGAUCCAUACCAGGAAAUCGAUCAGCCUCCAACCGAAGAUGACCCAGGCAUUCCAAACUCGGCUCCGAUUUCUGCCAUAUCUAAGUUUUCCAACAUAACCAUGCCACUUGGCCGGCCAAACGCGUCGCCAACAUUGCAGGCCAAGUUCUUUACCUGCCACAAGUGUCCGAAGCGGUUCCUUUCGAAGAACACACUACACACGCAUCAGCUUAUCCACUCGGACGUUCGCAACUAUCGAUGUCAUACGUGCGAUAAAAAGUUCAUCCGGAAGCGCGAAUUAGACCGCCACAUGAACGCAGUCCACAGCACCCUGAAACCGUUUGAGUGCAAACAAUGCUACAAGCGAUUUUCCCGUAAGGAUAAACUCCUUCGCCAUGAGCGCGUCCAUCGGGCAGAUAAAUUCUUCGCAUGCACUGCCUGCGACGCCAAAUUUCUUCGCAAAGAAGCAUUGACGAUUCACUCAAAAAUUCACUGCACAGCAUCGGCAGCGGCCGCAGCCGCAGCGUCCGCUUUAGCCAGCGAUAUCCGAACGGAACACCUGCAUCAUCAUGCGUCACCUUCGUCGUCCGAGGUGAUCAUCAUGAUCGAUCAGGACCAACAGGAUCAGCUACUGAUGGAACACAUGCUGUCGUACGCGGCCGAUGAUGUUGGACUCAGUGCGGCCUCGCUGGCGACGGCGGCCGCGUUUAUGUGAGAAGUGAAAUAUGCUCAGGGAGGCGAGUUGUAAAAAUAUCCGUAAUAUAAACUGGUAAUCUCAUGCUGAAGCGCACGGAGGUACUCGAUUCCCGGGGUGAAUGUUGUAUUUGGUAGGAGAAAUCACGUAUACAUAAUUGCUAGUAUUAAGCAGUCUAGAAGUAAGGAUGUAUUUAUCAAUGCUACUACCUAUCGCAAACUAGAGUUAGCAGAAUAAGUCGAUCGUCUCAUUUGUAUCUAAUGUUAUGUCGCGUUUGUAAUAAA